AUGUAUUCGGACCAGGGAGGUGCGGAGGUGUACGAGUGCCCCAGCUGCGGCAAAAGGUACCGCUGGCUCAUCUCGCUGCGGCGCCACAUGCGGCUGGAGUGUGGUCGCGAGCCCCAGUACCGCUGCCCGGCCUGCGGUCGCCGCUUCAAGCACAAGCACCACAUGCUGAACCACCUCCAAGUGCACAGCGACGGGCCGGAGCAGGGCGACGCGGGGGGAAAGCAGCUGUACUGCUGCCAGAACUGCGGCAAGGUGUACCACCUGUACCACUCGCUACGGCGCCACCUGCGCAUCGAGUGUGGCAAGGAACCACAGCACGCCUGCUCCAACUGCAACCGCAUGUUCAAGCACCGCUUCAACCUUCUCUCCCACAUCCGCAACUCCGCCUGCUUCAACCGCCUCCAGUAG